GCGAGUCGGAAUUUACAGAAAUCGUAUGGUAUUCCAUGUACCCAGCUACGAGGCAGCUACCGCGUGCGAUACUGACGAGAGUCUGUUCUGCUGUGUAGAUCGAGACGCCGCCAGAAAGCCCCGCGGCCGAACGCCCCUCUUUCCCAUAUGGACGCACACCACCGCCACGACACGAGGAGCGAUCUCAAUCGCCAUUUAACCCGUUUUCUGAUCAUAAUCCAUGGAGAGACAUGGACGAUGCAGAAGAGCAUGGGUUUGGAAAUGGGCCUGGGAUGACUCGUCGGUCCUACCGGUCCCCUGAUGGACGGUUCACGUUUACGAGUACGACAUUCUCCUCUGGGGGUGGCUCCCCGCGGCGGCCGCAGAACCCUUAUGAAGCAGCACCUCCUUUCGAUCCGUUGAUGCCCGUCUUGCGCAGCUUCGACACGAUCUUCCGUGGUCUCACCGAUACGUAUGUGAAUCAGAGCCCACGGCCGGGCCAGAGUCCUCCUCAGCCUGCAAGAGACUAUCCACGACGGGAAUCCGAAAUCCACGAUUUCCCGGAUCCUGAAGAGGACUAUCCCGGUAGCAGAAAUGUAUACCCGCCUCCUGAAGGAUUGUGGCCCCGAGACGCGGACCACCCGCAACCUAUGCAGCAUCCGCUUGGAAACAUAAAUGAUAUUCUCGAGCUCUUCCGCACAGAUUUCGGACCCCGCGGCCCUGGCGGUGUUAGCGGUAGAGGCGGUGUCCGCGUGAUGACCGGUCCUAAUCCUCUUUCGAUUCUUGCCAACCUCCUCAGUAUGGGAGAUCGCCACGGAGAUGCUGUCUACUCUCAGGAAGAGCUAGACCGUGUAAUAUCCCAGCUGAUUGACCAAAAUGCGAACGGAAAUGCGCCACCGCCAGCCGCGGAGAGCGCUAUCAAAUCCCUACCAAAGAAGCCAGUUGACCGGGACAUGCUAGGAAGCGACGGCAAAGCAGAGUGUUCUAUCUGCAUGGAUAACGUGGAGUUAGGUACAGAAGUUGCCGAGCUCCCAUGUAAACAUUGGUUCCACUAUAAUUGCAUUGAGGCGUGGCUCAAUCAACACAACACCUGCCCUCAUUGCCGACGUGGAAUAAAUACCCCAGGACAGACGGGCACUGAGGGUUCACGGGAUAACCCGGUAGUUGUCAACAGUAGCCCUGAGCCGUCUUCUCCCAGGAGUCGACGGCAGUCUACAACAAGUUCCUAUACCCGCAGAACGCCUCCCCGCCGUCAGUCCUCAUCGCAGGAUCACUCUGGUAACCCGCCCACUCCGGAAAGGAGACGAUCGGGUCGGAGUGAAGGACACGGCGGAGGUAUUGCCUCAGGCAUCACCGGCUGGGUACGCAGCCAUUUCGGUGGUGGAAGCUCAUCAUGAAUGUAUGAUUCCAUGAAAUAUCCUAAAUUAUUUUUCUAUGAAAGGGUUCACUUCAGAGAUUGCUUUAACAUAAGCUAUUGAUGGACUUUAGGCAUUUAGGUACCUUUGGCUAUUUUUAUUCAUCGAGAAAUAGCCCAUCUCUCUCUUCCUCUCCCCUAAUAUUGCUUACCAUCACAUGCAGGAAUGUUUGGAUAGAUGGGAAUAUGCACUAUAAAGGAGAUGUAUGACUCUUUCUUUCUGCUCCGACCAUCAUGAUUAUGGUCCAUGACUCUCUUAGUAUAUGAGGAUGAACAGUUCACCUAUCCAUGAUGUUGUCAUUUCAUUAAGAUCCAGGUGGUUUUCUAGUCUGUUUUCUAUUCUACUUUGUGGCUAAUAAUACCCGAAUAAAUCAUCACAUGCCUUUCUUCAUGAAUUAAAUCGCGUAACACUAGAC